UGCCGGAACGCCAGUCAUUCCGAACUUGCGGCUUGCGGUCGCAAAAUGGCGAUCUCCUUGCUCGCGUUGAUGCGAAUACUCUUAUUACUGUCGCUUGCAAGUCUUUCUGCCAGCAGACAAGGGCAACUUGUCGAACUUGAUGAAGACAGCUGGCACCAGCUAUUAGAAGGGGAAUGGAUGGUAGAAUUCUUUGCGCCUUGGUGUCCAGCGUGUAAAGCUCUGGGGCCCAUUUGGAAAGACUUUUCUCAAUGGAGCAAUGAUUUGGGUGUCAAGAUUGCACAUGUAGACGUCACUAUCAAUCCUGGUCUCAGUGGUCGGUUCAUGGUAACUGCAUUGCCAACCAUUUACCAUGUGAAGGAUGGAGUCUUCCGCCAGUAUCGAGGAUCAAGAGAUAAAGAAUCCUUCAUCAGCUUUGUUGAAGAAAAGAAAUGGCAAGGUGUGGAGCCAGUUUCUGCAUGGAAAAGUCCACAAUCUAUCCAAAUGUCUCUGGUUGCCCAGUUUUUCAAGCUCUCUAUGGCUGUUCGGGGCCUUCAUACCACCCUCGUGGAUAACUAUGGCAUCCCUUACUGGGGCUCGUACAUCUUGUUUGCUCUGGCCACCAUUGUCUUGGGAGCCCUACUGGGUUUGCUGAUCGUGUUCAUUAUCGACGUUGUUUUCCCACCAAAGCCUCCAAUUUUCCCUACACAAGCAAAGGGUGACGACUUGUCCAAGGGCGACGCACGCAAUUCUGAAAGUGGCACAAAGUCUGAUGAAGAAGAAGACCUCGUGGACGAGAACUCUGAAGAGAAAGGCGAGAGCUCAAAGGAGGAAGAAGUAGACGAUGAGAAGAAAGACACUGAAGAAAGAGGCGACAGUGCCGAAGUGCGGAGACGCAAAGUGCAAGCCCCAGAAGGAACUUCAGCAGAUUAGUAUGCUGCCUUGCCUUUAGCUUUUUUGUCUGAUUACCUCGUCCAUGAAAUUUAAAGGACAACAAGUGCACACUGUUUAAAGCCAUUGUCCAAGCAUUUGUAUAGCUCGAAACUUCUAUGUGAUCUUACAGCUCUUGCCUGCACAACUUGGAGCUUUUUUGUUGUUCUGCACCCACCUUUAACUAGGAGUUGUGACUUUUUCCUUAUUGUUGUGAAGGACUUGUUAUGCUUUAUGAAUCCAUGAUUGUAUAUAAUUUGCUACUUUAAGAAACAUGGAAGAUAAAUGAAACUGUUGCACUGUCCGAUAAAACGGCAAGAAAGCAGGCAAGCUGGUUCAGUUGUUAUCUAGACACACUGUGGGCAACUUUUGAGGGUCCAUGUUUGCUUCAGUGGGGUUCAGCUAACUGCUGUGACACUGUGCCUGAUGGUACGGUUUCACUGAAGGUACAUGUGUGUGCUGUUAAUGAUAUACAAUAAUUUAUAAACUUGAAAGUUGGUGCUUUAAUGACAAUGUACAAAAAAGAACUGGCAAGUGCUUGGCCUCUGAGUCACACAACAUCACCUUUCUUUCCUCCUAUUUCUGCUAGUACCAUAAAUGUACAAGGUAAUUCUAUAGUUUAACUAACUAGUAAAAACAUUUUGCCUAUAGCUCUCUUGUACUUGCAGAGAAAGCCUUCAAAAUUCCAAAGUUCAUUGUCUUUAUCAACGUGUAAAAAGCAUCUUGCAUGCACACACCAUUUUAUGGUACGUAAUGUUGUGAUACUGUACUGAAUAGCAAUAGCACUGAAGGGGCAUUUUUCAAAAGUGUGCUAGUCGAUCACAUAAACAUCCAAGACUUUGCCUUAUGUCCAGACGUUGUGACCGCUAUGUCUUCGAAAUUCUGCAAGAACAAGAUCUUUUAUCAGAUGCAUCCCUUACUUAAAGUUUUAAGCUCUUGUCCAGAUAUUGUACAAGGCAGGUGUACAAAUGUUGCACCAUGUGUGAAGAUUUUAUAGAAAUGUUUUUGUAAUAAAGGGGAGAUUUGUACUUUUGUA